CUCAUUUCCUUCUUAUUUGAAUUGUGUUAGUAGUGUUUCGCUAAAAGUAUAGCGUUGCGUUUUUCCUUGGUUGACGGGGCAUGCAGCUUUUUCAGGCUUGACUGUUUAAGUCAAGUAGUAACAGCAAUAACAUUUUUGAGAUGAGUGGGGAAUUUUAAUUUAGAUGAAGACUGGCGCGCUACUUGGAUGGUGUCGUGCUUCGCUCGUCUCUCAGGUUUUGGAUUUUUCCACAUUGAAAAACUCCCACUUGCAAUACUCAAUCUAAAAAGAUCAAACGUUUGCAGCACUUCUGUCCGUCGACGCACCUCACCCCUGCGUAUUCGUCAGCUCACUUCUCAACAGUUGAAAAUUGGCAUUAUUAUUCCUUUAAACCAAACAGGUCUACCUCCUGUCACUGGUUCUUGGGCGUUUCAACUGCCAAACUGCCUUAGCUCUCGGUUCUCCUCGGAGGUCAUUCCCCAGGAAAUAUCUUUCCUGGUUAUACAUACGCAUCUGGAGCUUACGGUUAAACUCGUUGGUCAAGAGCAGAGGAUCAAGUGACAAGUGUCUGAAGUGACUCGCAAUGGAAUCCUGGAUGUACUUUUCGUGCAAUUGAAGAGUUAUCAGCUCUAUGUGUGUGGAUCCUAGUGAGAAUGUUGUUCUCAUUGAGACUCGGACCCAGUGCCCAUCACUCCAAACGUCAAGAUGUUAUCCAUUGGGUCGCUGGGACACGAAAGUCAGCACAUGUUCAACGGGUAUCGUUUGUUGUUGUUUGAUACUUUUCGUUUCCCGUUGCUGUACGUGGUUGAAUUGCUCGACCUCUUUUGACUCCUAUGAGGAUGCCUCGAUACUGGCGAGUUGAUGAAGGUUGAUAGCAUCCUCAACCUUGGGCAUUCUCACAACUGUUAACUACGACGAAGUGGACUCAACCUAAAAUAAGAAAAAUGACUGUUUGUGUGCAUAUAUUCUCAAGGUUUUGUGAUAUAGUAUUAUCUACU